CUGGCUAGCCCUGAACCAGUUCAGCUGAAUUGGAUUUCAAUGCGGAUUAGCUCUUUCGAUUACGAUUCUCAAAGCUUUGGAUAGUUCGUUCAUGUUUAAUGCAUAGCAUUACCGUUUCCUUCGCAUUGGGAAUCUGCAUCUGGAUUAUCUCUUUAGUGGCUACUUAGAAUGCUGCCUCAAGUUAUGCAGUCGAACGAGCAAAAAUACAUGUGGAAUCAUGCCGGAACCACUUUACUUAUUUCCAUUUGGUCCGACAGUUCUGUGCAGAAACAGUUGACAGCAACGCUUAGAAAUCAACCAGUAUGGGACGCGAUAGGUCGGUAUCUAACCAAAAAAGGAUUUCGCGUUAGUGGAAAACAAUGUCGCACAAGAAUUAAAAACCUGCUGGUCCGAUACAGAGAGAUAAAAAAGAAGUCUUCCCAUCUACUUGGAAGCGGCAUUGAAGCGUUUUACGACGCUAUUGACAGAGUAAUGAAAAAUAAAACUCUCAGUACUGUAGUUUCGACUGUGUCCCAAAGUAUUCAAAAAGUGUCCGCAGACUCGGAGCUGGCGGAGCUGGUCUCGCGAGACUGCCGCACCCCGGCUGGCCCCGGCGACAGGCUCGCGAUCAAGACAGAGGUCGGCUCUCCUCGGUCAGAAGAAUGCAGCAUCCCGCCGAUGCAGGAGGCUUCAAGUGAUGUGUCGCGCUUCCAGAACUUCUUGAAGGAGGUUGACAUGGGAGCAGCGGAGCAGACUGCGUCCCCCGGGUCGUCCGCCGCCAGCCACGUGCCUCCGAGUCACCACGACACGGCUGCCAGCUACCAGCUGCUAGAGCGCACGGUGCUGCGGCUGCUGGAGGCACAGAGCACGGCCGUGUCCAGCGUGCUGGCUGCGCAGAACGACUUCCUGCUGAAGGUGCUGGAGGCAGACCGGGAGCGCCACGCUCGCCUGGAGUCGAAGCUGGACCGGAUCCUGGAGCGACUGGAACGGGUGCCCGGCACGGCCCAGGAGACACGGCUGGCACGCCUGCUGGACCGCCUGGAGUGGCUGCUGCCCGCCGCGCUCCCCAGGACGCACAGCUGCAGCUAGGUGCCCGGCACGGCUGUCCUGCUGUUCGUGUGCAAGGUCACAUCCAUAAAUACUGAUCUGAAUGUUAAGUUUUACAACCACAGCUCUUUUAUAUGGUUUGACAAUUACCAUAUGUGGCGAAAUUGCUUAUAGUUAAUUAUGUCGGAUUAUACAAGUUUUUUGAUGCCAAAUGAACAACAAUUCAAUUGUUUAAAAUAUUAGCAGUGCGCCAAGCACUCAAGCUAGAUGUUUGUCAAACUAGACAUAGAUUAUUGUCUUUACUUUGUGUCAGUUACUGAAAAUGACGAACACCUAGGUGGAAGACAUGAACGAAAGGAAUAAUGUGCCACAAUAUUGAAACUUCUCGAGUGCCUGUGGGAGAAGUCACUGCGAGUAAGACGAUGGCGCGCAGCCAGAGCACAAGUUCACCAAAGACAGUAGUCUAUUGACCGUGGCAGGUGAAUCAAGAACUCAGAGAACUGCAUACUUAGUGUGCCAUCAUUACACACAAGCAACCAAGCACUAUGGCCGUGAACCUUCCUGGGACUCGCUGGCGUGUUAGUCCUCAGUAGACCAAGUCCAGAUGCAGGUCGAGGGUCGUGGCUGAGGGGUUGGGGGAAGGGUGAUAAGAGGAGAUGAAGUGGCAAAGGCAGUGUUUUUUGAAAGGUGCUGAGCAGUCCACGUGCCUGCUCUCCUGAGGAUCAUCAGCCAUCAGCAGUGCAGUGAUACAUCUCCCGGCUCAGCAUCCUGCAUUUACAUGGAGCAGCCUCUCCAGCAUCCGACGCAGUCAGUGGGUCUACCUCUGUCGGCACUGCAAGCACCGUUCCUGUUUCAAGAAGAACGAGGUUCUUACUGGCAACACUAUUUACAUACAGGUGCACCAUCCAUUAUCCGAAAUUCCAAAAUCCGAACAGCUCUAAAAUCCGAAAUUUUUUUCGAAACUUCAACGUCCGCGAUAUUGUUCGCAGUUGUGUGGCAAACUCAAGUCGCGAUCGCGUGACUAGUGCGAGCGAGUGACUUGGCAGCACUGCGUCAGCAAGGCAGCAUGCAAUUUGGCAACGCCGAGGCGCUGUGUUUACCGUUUGUCCGGCAAACUAGCGCCAGUUACAGCUUGCUGCUUGGCUACGAUAGGAGUUGUUUUAUCGCGUUUAGUAGUUAACCCUGUUGUUAUGCGAACGUGUUGCCAUAUUUGAAGACGGCAAUGGCAAAAAGGCAUUCCGAUAUGAAGAUGGGUGGUAGCGAAAAAAAACGAAAACACUUAACAUUAUCAAUAACUCAGAAGGUGGAAUUAUUGCGGAAACUUGAUCGCGGCGUGCCUGUACGACAACUAACAGAAGAAUACGGUGUUGGAACUACAACUGUGUACGAUUUGAAGAAACAAAAAGACAAAUUAUUUACGUUUUUUAGUGAAAGUGACGACAGAAAAGCAAUGGAGU